AUGGAGGCUGUGCAGCACCAAGUUCAGUCGCCCGCUAAUCCCUCUGCCAGUAUGAUAUCUCUCGUGCAAGUAACUAUCCUGGCUCUAUGUGGUCACUUGGCCACAGCGCAGACCAUGCCAUUCGACGCACGAGAAGCGACCAUCGACUCAGUUCACCAUGCCCUGUACUCUGGUCUCACUACAUGUCGCGAGGUAGUAUCCUCAUUUCUGGCCCGAAUCGAGGCCCAUAACCAUAGGACAAAUGCUAUUAUUUCUCUCAAUCCAAAUGCUUUGGCUAUUGCAGACUCCCUGGACGACCAAUUAUCCGCUGGCAGUGCGACUGGGCCGCUAUUCUGCAUUCCUAUACUGUUGAAAGACAAUUUCGAUACCGAGGACAUGCCAACUACGGGUGGAGCUCUUGCUCUGGCCAAGUCGCAGCCUAUGGAAGAUGCCCCUACUGUAGCGGCUCUGAAGGAGGCAGGAGCAGUUAUUCUGGGCAAGGCAAAUCUGCACGAGCUUGCAUUGGAAGGGAUCAGUGUUUCGUCUUUAGGUGGGCAGACCAUCAACCCGUACGACUCUACACGAACUCCCGGGGGUAGUUCUGGAGGCACUGGAGCAAGUGUCUCGUCUUCCUUUUGUGUCUUCGGGACCGGGACCGAUACAGUCAACUCUCUUAGAAGUCCCGCCUCGGCAAAUUCCCUUUGCAGUAUUCGGCCCACGCGAGGUCUCAUCACUAGGACGGGAGUUAUCCCAAUCUCGAAAACACAUGAUGUCAUUGGACCUAUUGCGAGGACAAUCAAGGAUGUCGCUGUUGCGCUUACGGUCAUGGCAUCUACAGGGUACGAUGCAGCUGAUAGCGCAACCGGACUUGUCCCAACAUCAUGUCGAAACGUCGAUUUUGCAGCCUCUCUCCCCAAAGCCUCCUUAGAAGGUCUAAGGAUAGGUCUUUUAAACGGAUUCUUCAAUCGAACCGACUCACCCGAAAUAACACCGGUGAAUAAUGUUAUGGAUGUUGUCAUGUCGAGAUUGGAAGCCGAAGGCGUAAAAUUGAUUACGAUCAACGAGCCCAUUUAUAAUGCUACAACCAUCCAAGCCGCACUUGAUGUCCAGCGGUUUGAAUACCGCGAAUUAAUGGACGUGUACUUGCAACGUCCAUCGCUAUCCGGAGACCGUCCUCGGACGCUAAAGGAGCUGUACUCGCGCAAAUCCCACAACGGCACAGGUGGAGAGUUCGUAGUUUUGCCAUCUCAAUACGAGUAUGUCAAUACAGCGCUCAUUUCCUCGACUAGCAAUGCCACAUAUAUCCAGCGCCAGGACGGUAUCCGCCAUCUCACCAUCGCUUUCCUCAACACUUUCGCAUCCAACAAUCUCGACGCAAUCAUCUACCCCGAGCAAAAGAACCUUGUCGUGAAGACUGGUUCAGCUUCCCAAUCCGGACGCAACGGCAUUCUUGCGGCUCUGACUGGUUCACCUGUAGUCACAGUGCCAGCGGGUUUCAGCGAGCCAAACGAUGAUGCGCCGGUUGGAGUACCCAUCGGCAUGGAGAUUUUGGGUCGGCCAUGGGAUGACGAGAAGCUGCUAGGCAUUGGAUAUGCAAUUGAACAGCUAUUGAAGGUGAGGAGGCCCCCAAAGUGGGCGACGGAGGUGGUGGAAGUUCCACAGUAUACAGAAGUACCCAAGGUUGCACCGAAUAGAGGGAAUAUACCGAGUGUGUACCCUUUAGGAACACUCUAG